CCCCCAACUUCCUUCAUAUAUAAACAAACAAAUCCCUAAAAACAGUUGAUUUUAGCGCGCGACUCUUCAAUUUAAUACCAAAAAACAAAAAUGCGAACCACUAGAAACUACAAUAAACAACAAGGGAAAUUAGACGACAUUUCAAAGGAAGCAGUUGAUAAACUUGUAACGCGUGUCAAUAGUAAACGAAAUGGGAAACGGAAAGCUGUUACGUGGAACGAGGUUGAUGGAAUUAAUGCUGACAAUAAUGUUGAUGAAAGUUGUAGUCAGAGUUUUGAUAUUCUUAAGAAAAGGAUUGAUGAUAGAGUUGAUGGUGAUGUUAAUGAUGAUGGUAUUGAUUGGGAAGACGGGUCUGCGGCUUCAAUGCCGGAAUUCGGAAAGGAUAGGACUCUUGUUAUUGAGUUGAAUGAGUCUCCUUCUGAUUCUGUUAAAAAGAAGUCUGUUCGUCGAGCUACUGCUCAUGAGAAGGAGGUGGCAGAGCUUGUACAUAGGGUUCACUUACUUUGCUUACUUGCUAGGGGGAGAAUAAUUGACACUGCUUGUGAUGAUCUUCUUAUUCAGGCCUCUUUACUCUCUCUGCUCCCAGUACGCUUAAUGAAAAUAUCAGAAGUCCCAAAACUCAGUGCUAAUGCUUUAUCUCCCAUUGUUAGCUGGUUUCAUAAUAACUUUCACGUUAGAAGCUCUUGUGGGGAGAAAAGAUCAUUUCAGUCAGCUUUGGCCUUUGCCCUUGAAAGUCGUCAAGGAACUCCAGAAGAGAUUGCAGCAUUAUCAGUGGCACUAUUCAGAGCCUUGAAGCUUACCACCCGGUUUGUCUCCAUUUUAGAUGCUGCCUCCAUAAAGCCUGAUGCUGACAAAUGUGAAUCUUCAACUCAAGAUACAAGUAGAGUGCAUAGGGGAUUGUUUAGUACUUCAACAUUGAUGGUAGAUAGAACAAAAGAGGUUUCUACUUCUCCUAUUAAAUCAUUCUCAUGCAAUGAGAAAAACAAUGCUCGUGGCACUUCUGUGAAGGUUUCUCGCACAAGGAAAGAUUGUUCCCUAAGUAGCAAUAAAUCUAAUUGUAAAGGUCCUCUGGCUGUAACUGAAAUUAAAAAUCAAACAACUGAUUCUGAAUUAUGUAGUAGCUCAAAAUCUCAGGAUUCAAAGAGGAAAAGUGAUAUUGAAUUUGAGAUGCAGCUGCAAAUGGCUCUCUCUGCAACAGCAAUUGAAAAUCCUCAAAGUAGCAUGAGAUCAGAUCUUGGAAACUCCACUAAUGAUUUGUCAAAUAUCUCCUCUCCACUUAAAAGAGUUAAAAUAGUUGGAAAUGAAGAUUCUCCCUCGCAUGGAAUCUCAACUGCAGUUGGAUCGAAAAAAAUAGGAUCGCCUCUGUAUUGGGCAGAAGUAUACUGCUGUGGAGAAAACCUGACCGGAAAGUGGGUUCAUGUAGAUGCUGUAAAUGCAAUUAUAGAUGGAGAACAGAAGGUUGAAGCUGCAGCUGCUGCAUGUAAAACAUCUUUAAGAUAUGCUGUUGCUUUUGCUGGGCAUGGUGCUAAAGAUGUGACCCGCAGGUACUGUAUGAAGUGGUACAAGAUAGCGCCACAAAGAGUUGACUCGACUUGGUGGGAUGCAGUGAUGGCCCCAUUAAGAGAGUUAGAGUCAGGAGCUACCGGAGGCCUGGUGAAUAUGGAAAAGCACCAUAUCGAUGCCUCAGAUGGACAUGAGAGUGUAAAAGCAUCAAGAGUUUCUAAUGUUUCUAUACAGGAUCAUUUUCCAGUGGGUACCAACUUGUCUGUAAAAUCAGGUUUACUCGAAGGGCCUGAAGCAUCUAAGAGGAAGAUUGGCGCAGAAUCUUCUGGGAGGAACACUCCCGUUGCAUCUAGAGCCUCUCUUGAGGAUAUGGAGCUGGAGACUAGGGCACUAACCGAGCCUCUCCCAACUAAUCAGCAAGCCUAUAAAAACCAUCAACUAUAUACUAUUGAAAGAUGGCUUACAAAGUAUCAGAUACUUCAUCCUAGGGGUCCCGUUCUAGGAUUUUGUUCUGGCCAUCCAGUUUACCCGCGUGCUUGUGUGCAAACUCUCAAAACAGAACAAAGAUGGUUGCGUGAAGGGCUGCAAGUUAAAAACAAUGAAAAUCCUGCAAAGGUAUUGAAGCAAUCUGUAAAGCUCAAGAAAUUAAAUUUUCCAGAGGAUGAUGAUUAUGGCGACACAGAUUCUAAAGGAGACAUUGAACUUUACGGAAAGUGGCAAGUAGAACCCUUGAAGCUGCCACGUGCUGUUAAUGGCAUUGUGCCAAGGAAUGAGCGCGGUCAAGUUGAUGUGUGGUCUGAGAAGUGCCUUCCACCAGGGACUGUGCACUUGAGGCUGCCAAGGAUAUUUCAUGUUGCCAAGAGACUGGAAAUCGAUUAUGCACCUGCCAUGGUUGGUUUUGAAUUCAGAAAUGGUCGAUCUGUUCCUGUUUUUGAGGGUAUUGUGGUGUGCACCGAGUUUAAGGAUGCAAUUUUAGAGGCAUAUGAUGAAGAAAUUGAGAUAAGAGAAGCUGAAGAGAGGAAAAGAAAUGAAGCGCAAGCUAUUUCUAGGUGGUAUCAACUUCUUUCAUCAAUCAUAACUCGACAAAGAUUAAACAAGUGUUACGGAAACAGUCCGCCACUCGAAGAAAUGUCAAGCAGCAUUCAAGGUAGAAAUACUAAACCAGAAGUGCAUGCUGAUAAUGAACCAAAGCGCCAGUCUCCAGGACAUCAUAAAAAUGGCAGACAUGAACCUGUAUCAGAUUUUCCAUCAGUGGCUCUAACAGGAGAUCACGAGCAUGUUUAUUUGGCGGAAGAUCAAAGCUUUGACGAGGAGAGUUCAGUUACGACAAAACGGUGUCAUUGUGGAUUUUCAAUCCAAGUGGAAGAAUUAUAGCACUAGGAAAUGCAGAUCCACCAUGAUAUGCAUGGUCCUUGGAGAAACCUGAUUCAGGUAAUGUAGUAUUUAAUCUCUGUAAAUAUAUCAAGCUCUUACUAUGGAUAGUAUUGCGCCAUUCUUUUUAAUUUCUUUUGGGGCUCUGGUCAUGCCCGGAUAAUUUUUUUGUAAGGAAAAUAUGGCAAUAGAAAUAGCAAUGGCCACGUCAUUCUGAA